UGGACCGCUAUUACAAUCUGAACUCGAAGUCCCGAGAGGUCUCGCUCUCCCCAACCGCAGUCUUUGCGCUCAGAAGCACGGUCGGGGCGGCUACAUUGUCUCUAUUGUAUUGGAUUUUCCUUUCUCCCUCCUCUUUGCCUGCUAUUAUUUUGUUCAUUUCCACGGGAGGUUAAAAUCGUAAAUGAGAAAGCAUGGCUGAUGAACAGGAAAUCAUGUGCAAACUAGAAAGCAUCAAAGAGAUCAGAAACAAGACUUUGCAAAUGGAGAAGAUCAAGGCCCGCUUGAAGGCUGAAUUCGAGGCUCUGGAAUCUGAGGAAAGGCACCUCAAGGAAUACAAACAGGAGAUGGACCUCCUGCUGCAGGAGAAAAUGGCUCAUGUGGAGGAGCUGAGACUCAUCCAUGCUGACAUCAAUGUUAUGGAGAACACAAUCAAGCAGUCGGAGAACGACCUGAAUAAGCUCUUGGAGUCUACCCGCCGUUUGCAUGAGGAGUACAAGCCUCUGAAGGAGCAUGUGGAUGCCUUGAGGAUGACUCUGGGCUUGCAGAGGCUGCCAGAUUUGUGUGAGGAGGAAGAGAAGCUCUCCCUUGACUACUUCGAAAAGCAGAAAGCUGAAUGGCAAACAGAACCACAGGAACCUCCUAUCCCAGAAUCUUUGGCUGCGGCUGCAGCUGCUGCUCAACAGCUACAGGUGGCCAGGAAACAGGACACCAGACAGACAGCAACAUUCAGACAGCAACCCCCACCCAUGAAGGCUUGCUUGUCAUGCCAUCAGCAGAUCCAUCGGAAUGCACCAAUUUGCCCUCUCUGCAAAGCCAAAAGCCGCUCUCGGAAUCCAAAGAAGCCCAAGAGGAAGCAGGAUGAAUGAAAGCCUGCCAAGGAAGUUUGUGACCCAACCAGACCCCAACCAUGCCCCAUUUUUCAGUAGAACCAUAAAUGUGACCAGCGUUCAUCCGAGUGCAAAAUUACAAGCCUGACUAUAGCUUUUGUUUCUGUUUAUCAUGAUGUUAAGCACAACUGUUUCAUUUUGGACCUUUAUUUUCAUCUUUUGAUUUUCUGCUUUAUAGGAAGUUAUUAAGAGGCAAUGGUGCUACAGUUUGUGACAUGUUGGUCAUCCCACCAUUUGGACUCCUGCACACAAGUAGAACCUGUACCACCCUCAGGCUGAAGAACACAUGGUACAGAGAAAACAAAGGCUUUUAUCCGAUCAGUGAUAACAUGAUUAAUGUUUUAGAAAAACAAACUGAAUGAUUUUCUACUCAGCUUGCUAAAACAUCUUCGUUUUCCAUUCCACGUUUCAUUUCCAUUCCUCCACUAAUUUUGUAUCUAGCCAUUAUGCUAGUUUCCAGAGCCGAAAAGUCUUUAAGUGGGCAAAACUGCGUAUGUCUGAUUUUAUGGGAAGUGUGUCUUUACUCACCUAUUCCUCUUCCAGUUAUAAUCAGGGGUAUGUGUUAAGGGAAUCAGUACUCUGCACUACCUGGAAACACUGAUCAAUUAUCUUAUCUGUUCAUGCAAACUUGCAUUCGACUAUGCUGUUAUUUGCAAAUUUUAUUAUUUGGACAAUGCAUCCCAUUUUUGCUAAUCAUGGGGAGUUCCAAGGAGCCUGUAC